GAGCACUUUCGAUAUAAAUAAUACUUGUAAAAGUUCAAUUGAAACGGACGUUUUUCUACAUUAUUCACUUAUUCCAUCAGUUGUCAUCAUUUUGAUCCUGGCCUGUCUUGAAAAGAGAACAAAAAAAUUCUGGUUUGAUGACAAAUACCCCAAAUGUCCAAAACGUUGUGGGAUACUGCUCCCAAUGGAGUCUGACAGCUCAAUCAGCAAUCGAUGGUCAUUGGGAUUUGCAUUUGGCGCUACUGCUGAUAAAGUCAUGCUUCUUUUUGAGAAACAGUACUUUCCAGUGGGAUUUCCUGCCUGGGCUAAAGUGUUUUGGGUCAUCGUCAUGGCUUUUGAAGUGGGCCUCUCCUCAUACCCUUUCUUUGUCUGUCUUUUAACAAAAUAUGAAGUUGUAGGAGCAGUCUUGGGAUUUCUUUACACAACAGCUUGGACAGCUAUCACGAUCUUAGACCUUAUAGAGUGCCCUACCGAUGAUGCUGUGGGAAAAUUCAGUGGCAUAAUUCUGAUGUGGCCAUCCUUGCUGUUCCUGUUCCUUCUGCUAGGACGUUUUCUUUUUAAUUUUGUGAAUGCAGUGGGAAUUUUAUCUCUAUACAGCCGAGAGGAGAAAGAUUCUUUUAUGGAAGAACACCAGUCGCAGUAUGUCCAGCAGUUGCUGAGAAAGCCUGUGCUUAGGCAUCCCCAGAAAAACUGGAUUAAGAGAAAGUUAUAUCAAUGGGACCCCUACUUUAAAUUCCCCAGCAGAAUAAUCAGCACAGUUGUCGUUAUGUUCCUAUGUCUUUACAUGUUUAUUGUGACAGAAUAUAUUGCGGCCAAUUUGCUUUUGAACAUACUCAAAGACUUGCUUGGGUUCUUUAAAGAAAAUAUUCCAAAUUCGGAAAAUGAAUCAUGGAUCCAUGACAUUGAAGAGUUUAUUCAUGUCGUACAAGGAAUUUGGAUUAUUACUACUGUUAUUGCUUCUAUCACAUGCAUUGGAUAUGUAUUUAACAUCUUAGUCUGCUACAGAAAGCAGAUUAAACUAUUGAGAGCAGGCAAAAGGCACCUAAUUGUGUCAGAAACUAUGAAAGUGUCAUCUUCUCAAAGUGUGGUAGCACUAUCAAAGUACAUCUCUUUCCAAGUUGCAUACAUAAUGUGGGGAUACCUAAUCAUGCAUUUGCUGCAGUGGUUAUUUGGAAUAAUACUUACGUAUAUUUUGAUUUUACCCAUGAUACAUGGCAAGUGGAUGGAGCUUUUAGACAAAUGGGGAAUUACGGUCCUGACAUUUGUCAUUGUCCUAGUGAUCAAGAAGAUACAGGUGUUUGUUGGUGCCAGGUUUUUUCUCCAGCCAAAAAUGUCACCGAGUGACAGUCAAAAGCCUUUGGCACUUGAUAACAGGAGAGUCUUCGUAAACUUCAGUUAUUUUCUAUUCUUCCAUUCGGUGGUCGUGGGCUUAACUUCCUGUCUAUUCAGACUGGCCCGCAGCAUCGUUCUUGGGGCUUGGCUGGUUGGACGGAUAGAUCGGCCAGUAAUGCCAAAAGGUUAUGAACAAUGUGAUGCAGGAUUCACAGUUUGGAUUGGAAUGCUUUUUCUGGACCACUAUCACACAAACCCCAUCCUUGUGUGCUUCUGCCAAAUCCUUUGCAACAAACUCAAACAAAAAAACCUGUCAGCCGAUUCAUAUUCAUCUGUGGGUAAACCAUUGGAAAUAGUUCCCAGAGUGUCUAGCAAAGCCAGGACAAGAUGGUUCCUGCUCUAUACACUUCUGAAUAACCCCAGUCUCCAAAAAAUCCGGAAGCUAAAACCUCUCUCUUAUUCAAUGGACUGAUCAAAUUUUUGUUCUUUUUGACAAUGUACACUAAAUAUACUAAGAGCCCUGAGCGUACAGUUGCCUCUGUGGUUGGCAAUGAUUUAGUAUUUGAUCCGAGUUGUGAUCUAGAGGGGCUUGCUGACAUAUUCAUUUGUUUCCUAAAUGAACACUUGCAGCGUGGCUAGUAUUUAUUAUGUUACUGUGCUGUAUUCAAUCCCAGCACCACUAUAUGAUAACUGCA